AAAGGGAGUGUCCACGCCCCCUGCGCACGUGACGUCUCCUGCUGCGUCCAAGUUAAGAGUUUUUAAGGAAUAUGGUCGUGCAAUGAGGUAUUACACUGCAUGGUGCAUUCAAUGUAACUCGGAUUUUGAAUUUCUCUCGGUCAAUAGAAGUGGUGGCAUCAAGUAUUACAUGCAUGCAUUUGGUUAAUUACAUAACAUUGAAUACAACUUCAUUACGUUUCAGAGUCAUAGCUGUAUACGGGUGUACACUACAUGCAUUUCAUUAAUUGGUCUAAUUUAUGAACCAGGUCUUCAGUUUGUUUAGAAUAUUCCACACUACAGAAGUUCCACAGUUUGACCAAUUCCUUUGAUGUGUCUCCCAGCACAAUCUCCCCCCAACGGCAUUUGCUAUACCCAAAUUGGAAUGUCCACCACUGGCACCCUGUGCUUUUCACAGAUGAGACAAGACACACUGUCAAUCAUGCUAUUGAGAAGCAUUUUGAGUUGCACAAAUUACAUUUUGGCCAAAUGGACUAGCCUUAUAAGACGAUGUCCUGUAUGGGCUAAAACUAUAUUUCCAUUGAAAGAUCAAAAACGUUCCUAAGACGUUAAACCUUUCAUAUCCGUACAGACAUCCUAUUGAGAUCUGGUGUGUUUAUAAAGGGUUCCUUUAAUUGUUUGAGCAGUGUAUAUAUUGUACAUUUUACAGGUCAUUAUCGUAGUAACUUUAUUCACAGUCUCGUUCCGCUCUCGUCCACUUGGUGGCGGUAACGUACAUCUACUAGCAAUAACACCAGCGAAGAAGAUGAAACAGGAAACCAAACCCGGAAGUGUUUGUCAACCCGUCUGCCACUCGCUGAGAUAAACAUUUAUCAUCUUUUCGAACGCGUUUUACGGUCAAACAGUCUCCUACGUGACCCGUUGCGAUGAGUCCGGCUCUCUGAAGAACCUCCAGCAGAACCGAGCGGUCCAACAUGGCGGCGGUAGACGUGGAGGAUGAGAGUAUCCUGGCGUCCAUCUUUAAGGACAGCUUCCCGGACAGCUGGAGAGACAACCCGGACUUCUCCUUCUACCUGUCCGAGCUCAGCUCCUUCGGGGUGGAGAAGCUGAGCCGGGAGCCGGAGCGGCUGGCGGAGGAGCGGGCUCAGAUCCUGCAGCAGACCCGAGAGCUGGCUUUCUCCAACUACCAGACCUUCAUCAGAACCGCAGACUGCACCGAGCACAUCUACCGGGACUUCGGCCGCGUGGAGAGCAGCGUGUCCCUGCUGCUGGACAAGCUGCCCGGCUUCAGGGAGAGAUGCAGGGGCUUCAUGAAGGAGGCGGAGCAGAUCGGAGCCAGCCGGCGGAUGAACAGCCUCACGUUAAACCGGCACACGGAGAUCCUGGAGAUCCUGGAGAUCCCUCAGCUCAUGGACACCUGCGUGCGUAACGGCUACUACGAGGAAGCUCUGGAGCUGGCAGGCUACGCCAAGCGGCUGGAGAAGAAGCACUCGUCCCUCCCCGUCAUCCAGGCCAUCGUCGGUGAGGUGCGCCAGUCUGCACAGCUGAUGCUCAAUCAGCUGCUGCAGCAGCUCCGCAGUAACUCUCAGCUCCCCGCCUGCCUGCGUGUGAUUGGCUACCUGCGGAGGAUGGACGUGUUCACAGAGGCGGAGCUUAGAGUUAAGUUCCUGCAGGCCCGAGGCUCCUGGCUGCAGUCCAUCCUUGCCGCCGUCCCAGAGGACGACCCCUACUUCCACAUCACCAAAACCAUCGAGGCCUGCCGGGUCCACCUGUUCGACAUCAUCACGCAAUACCGAGCCAUCUUCUCUGACGAGGACCCGCUACCCCCCCCCGCUGACGGACAAGCGCCGCUCAACGAGGCCGCCAUCUUCCACGGUUGGGUGGUGCAGAAGGUGGCGGAGUUCCUGCAGACUCUAGAGAGGGACCUGCAGCGGGGUGUGGGGGGACGCCUGGACUCUCUGCUUGGUCAGUGCAUGUACUUUGGCCUGUCCUUCAGCAGGGUGGGGGCCGACUUCCGCGGCCAGCUGGCGCCGAUGUUCCAGCAAGUGGCGGGGGAGACGUUUGGGCGAGCUGUGCAGGAGGCGGCGGACAAGUUCCAAGAGGAUAUGAACCUCUACACGCUGAUCUCCCUGCCCUCGGUGCUGGGGGGCACCGGGCCCCACGUGGCCCCCGCCUCACAGCCCGAAGCCCUGCAGCCCCCCAUGGUUCUACUGGACUUCCAGCCGCUGGCCUGCUUCCUCAACAACGUGCUGACGGCCUUCAACGACUUGCGGCUCUGCUGCCCCGUGGGCCUGGCUCACCACGUGGCCUCCUGCCUGCAGGACGCCCUGAACACGGUGAGCCGUCAGAUCGUGGCGUUCCACCGGGCCGAGGAGUCGGCCUUCAGCAGCCGAGAGAAGCAGCUGUUUGUCCUCUUCUGUUCUUCAUACGCCGAGCAGCUGCUGCCCUUCCUCAACCGCUGCCUGAAGCUGCUGUUUCCUCCAGAGCAGCUGGCCCUGGUCCUCGGAGUCUCUCCCACUCAGCUGCACCGGUGCGGCUCUUUGGGCUCCAUCGACCUCGCCGCCGUCCUCCUGCCUCUGGACUUCCUGCUGCCUCAGAGGGAGCCGGAGAUCCACGUCACCUCUCCACUGAGGAGCCUGAGCUUUGAGGACCUUACGCCCGACCCAGGGCCCACGGGGGGACCAGGAGAGACAGGAGCGGACGAGGACUUGUCUCUGAAGUGAUGGUCCUAAGGGAGGCCGACUCUUAUGUUCAUUAUCAAACCACGUGCGCUCAGAAUCACGUUACCGUGGAAACCGACAUGAACUAACGAGUAAUCACCUCUUGAAGCAGUUUCCUGUUGUACACGUUUGUUCUUUUAUGGGAUUAAAGGUCAUCAGUCAGAAA